AUGGCUGUAACCAUGCAGGAGUUCAGUCCAAUUCCACCCCUUCUCUCCAACAAAAGGCGUGCUGUUGCUUUCACGACACCGCUAAAUUACGCAGGGAGGCUAUCUCACCUCCUCCAGCUCAAAGGAUGGAGUCCACUCUGCUGUCCAACCAUCGUAGUCGAACCCUCCCCACAGACUAAGGCUUCCAUCCAAUUCUUCCUCUCAACUAAAGCCCAAAGCAACGACAACAAAAAAACCCCACUCGAAGAUUUCUCCGCCAUUGCAUUCACUUCUAGAGCGGGAAUAUUAGCUUUCUCGGAAACCCUAAUGAGAAACGAGGAAACCCCAUUAGAGCCAUACGGCGAAAACUUCACAGUCUCUGCGCUCGGGAAAGAUGCUGAACUUCUUAACGAGGAUUUCCUCUCCAAGCUCUGCAAAAAAACCCAGCGAAUCAGAGUCACAGUUCCCCCUGUGGCGACGCCGACGGGUUUAGUUGAAUCGCUUGGAGUAGGACGAGGUCGUAGGGUUCUAUGCCCAGUGCCUCUCGUUGCAGGCCUUGUAGAACCUCCAGUGGUCCCCAAUUUUCUUCGCGACCUUGCUCUGCGGGACUGGGUUCCUGUUAAGGUUCAUGCUUACGAGACCCGGUGGGCGGGACCGAGAUGCGCAGAGAGAGUAGUGAGGAGAAGCGAAGGGGAAGAGGGCUUGGACGCCAUCGUGUUUACCAGUACAGGUGAGGUUGAAGGACUGCUGAAAAGCUUGAGAGAGCUUGGGUUAGAUUGGAGAUUGCUCAAGGAAAGAUACCCGGGGUUAGUGGUGGCGGCGCACGGGCCCGUCACUGCUUCUGGAGCUGAGAGGUUGGGCAUCAGAGUAGAUGUCGUGAGUUCCAGAUUUCAUAGUUUUGAUGGAGUUGUUGAUGCUCUGGCUUUAAGAUGGAGUGCUUCAGAAUAA